UCAGCCGGAGAGCUAUUUUACAUCACAGAUUGGGAAGGAGAAUUACGUACUCCAGACUACCCUAACACAUACCCUACCAAAUCCAAUCUCACUUGGAUCAAGUCUGUUUCACCUGGAAAUAGAGUAAAGAUCACUGUCCGAGAUCUUGAGGUAAAGAAUACGGCAAACCUAAAUAACAUCAUUCUUGAAUAAUUCUUGCCUCUCUUACUUAUAGUUGAAUUGGACACUAGCAAGCGGGUAAGCUCAGUCGCCCUACGUGAAGUUUGAUGAAUGCAAAGCCUUCCUUUAGUGGAGGAUUUCUCAAAGAGCGGCUGAUAACAGAGCCCGCCAAUAUAAUCAAUCCUCUCUUAACGGUCACGUAACCCAUUAAAGCACUUCAUUUUAUGCGGAAACCGCUCUUAUAAGGUAGAUUGAUAAACUCGUAAACGGUUGUUUCCUGUUCUUGAUUAUUGGUUUUCGUAUGACUUUCCUCUCAACAGACGCAAUGCAAUGGAGACUACUUAGAGAUCAGAGAUGGGGACAGCGUGGUGUCUCCGCUGAUUAGGCGAUUUUGUGGGAAACUUGAUAGGUCGCAAAGCGAGAUUAUUUCAUCCGGGACUAGCAUCUUAUUGCGCUUUGUGUCUGACAAUGUAAAUGACACCUUCAUGGAUCGAGGAUUUAUCUUGCAGCACAUUGGUGGGUUAAAUAGUUCCAACUAACUAAUGUUCAAGGGGUUGAGGGUGAAGGUUACAGUAUGAUUAACUGGGAUUCCACAGCCGGAAUAGGUGCUUUUCAACACAAUGUUCCUUCAACUAUCCGCUAUCGGGAAGGAGCCUUUUGAUUAUAGAAAAAUUGGCCUUAGCGGUAGACGAGUGUAUCAUCACGAUGAUUAACCGUCAUCUUUUUCACAAUAUGGAUAUCACUCCGCUUUCUCGCAGAAACGUGAUGAGAAGAAAGACAAAGAUUAACUAAGGAACAUUGUUUGAUUUGACACAAAAUUCUUGGAGCUAAUUAUGAGACACCUAUAAAAGUACAAGAACAUGUUGAUUUCUUAUUUCUGUUUACAGGAAUAUGUAAAGUACACAUUAAUCAGACCACCGGAGUCAUCACCACGCCAAAUUACCCUAACAACUACCCGAACUAUAUGGACUGUCUCUGGACGAUACAGCUUCACCCUGCCAUGCUAAUCCCGCUAGUAUGCGACGAAAUCGCCAUAGAAAAGGAAGAAGGCUGUCCGUAUGAUUACAUGGAGAUACUGGAGGGCGAUGGUCUUCACUCUAUGGUCAUAGGAAGACAUUGCGGAGUGUUGAAUCGAUCUCUGACAAUCGAGCGAAACGGAAGUUUGAGCAUACGGUUCGUGUCCGACCAGGAUAAAGAAAAUAAAGGAUUCCGUUGUUCAUAUGACAUCCUCAGAGGUUAGUUAGUAGUAACCAACAUUCACUGUUAGUAAUAUAUCUCCAAAUAACCAAACUAAUUGGCAUUUCUCAUGAUACAUCGCACGAUUCACCUAUCUUCUCUCUGUCUCUGUAACGUGUUCCUUAGAAAGAGAAUCAAAGUAAGAGACUGAAUCCCCGGCAGACGUCUUGCUCCGAAGGUCCUGCCGCUCAUGUUACUCAAAUUUUCUGGUUUGUCGCCAAUCACUUGCCAUCUAAAGAUUUAAUUCGUGUAGUAAAUGCUAUUUGUAAAUGUCACAUAAGAGAGAUCUAAAAAUAGCUCACUAGUGGGGGUAAAGCCUUUAAUGACUAUACAGUCUCUUGAUUUGAUCUUCUCACCUCGUCUCUAUCAAGAAGGGAAGAAAUAUUUUGGCUAUAAUCGCCAAAUACCAUAAACCGUAAACUUGUGCAUUAAACAUAAUUAAAUGACAAUAUCUCUGUGAAGUAAUUUAUUCAAUAAUUAUCAACACUUUACUACUUAUUUUAAUUGGACAUGUGCGGGAAGUAGAAAGCUAUCCUCUGCUAAUAUUAGAGUAGCAUUUUAUAGUCCAAGGAUUAGAGUUAAUAUAUCAUUAUAUUUAUUUUUGAUGAUAUUUUAAAGAUUGUGAUAUAAUUCUCCAAGGUAAUUAAUAGAUUAACUGGUUUGGUAGCACAUAAAGCACCACUAUAUCACAAGCUAAAUUCUCAUAUAACAUAACUGACACGCAAAAACUUGACAAAGAUGAUCGCUCCGCAAUUCAUAUAAACAUCACUGGACUAGUAACCUAACUGCACUGUAAAGGAAAAAGUCAAACAGAAAAGCGUCGUGUGCACCCUUAAACAAUUGUCGACGCUGCAACAGUUGAUGUUCCCCGAGACUGCCCUCACGUGCUCACACCAUUUGUCGUUAGUCAGAGGAUACUGGACGCAGUGGACAGAAUGGACGGAGUGUCGUCGUCAUGAAAACCAGACUAGAAGCAGAACGUGCAUAAAUCCUUUGCCAGAAAGCGGACUGGAACUGCUUUGUGGUGAUGUAGCAGAAACAGAGAGGCGGAACUGUAGUAAGUAGACGUCCACUUUCUUUGUAGAAGCAAAUGAUAAUGUUAUUGAUCAGUUCAUCAUCUGACUUCCAAAUGAUGAUAAGAGAAAAAAGGGUAUAUUUAAGUUAAAGUUAAAUUAUUAUAUUAAAGAAAAAAGGGUGAUAACAAAAUCGGGCGACCACGCAGCGGGAGUCCGAUUUGUUUCACACGAGUAUAAUUACAGACCGAAUUCAACGACACGAAGUCUUAUUACCAAUUAAUCAUAAAAAUUACAAUCUUCUUGAAAAGAAGAAUAGCCAAAUUAUGAAAGAAAAGGAAAACUUGCAAUUUGCAAAAAGCCCCAACUUAGGAGUCUGUACACUGUUUCUAAGAUGAUUGUAACCAAGGUUGUGAUUGAUUGAUUGAUUGAUUUAACAAACGAUAACAAACUGUUUGAUAAUAACUUGGCAAGUAUAUUAGUGAAAAUAGGAAUUUUUUAACUAUCACAAUCGAAGAAAUUUUAAUCUUAUGAUUAACUUUUUAAUCCAAUCAGACUUGCCCUCUUUACUAUAACAACUAUACUAUUACAACAUUUUUUCUUUUUUAUCUUUUCAAUCAACAGGUGUUAUAUCACUGUCAAACACUAUCCUACUAUCUUCAAGUGGUACUUACCACGCAUCAAGUCUUCCAAGCAUUUCGUUAAUGUUAAGUCAUUUCAGUGGAACUGUGUACUUAGGUCAAGACAACACUACACCAAAUCCACGUCAUUUCUCUGCUGAAAUCUUCAUAACUCAAUCUGAUGUCAAGCUUUCUGCGAGCAAUUCUAGCGUCACAUCGUUUUUAAGGCAAUCUAUUUUAAAUUACUCAAUGGUUGCACCGAGACAGCCCUUUUCCACAUUGUCACAAUAUUCAAGUGGUGAUAAUGUAACUGAUGUUUCGCUUACUUCAAGUAAUUCAGUCGCAGCACUCCAAGCAAACAAAUCGCUUGACGUCCUUGACACUCGAUCUUUUGGUCACUAUGGUGCUAGCUUUACAUUGUCGUCAAGUCAGCUUGAUGUUGGACUCUCUGCGAGUCACGAUACUCUUUCGUCAAGUCAUCUCAACGUACCAAGUUCUCGUGGUGCGAUGGUACCCUCAAGUCGGUAUGACGGUUCAAGCUCUAAAAGAAAUUACCUUGUCACACAAUCCACGAGUCCAAGCCAUCGUAUUGUUAAGUUAUCUCCAGAGAAAUCCCAGGUCAUGCAGUCUGUAACACUUAAAACACUUCAACGCACACAUCAUAACACAGGAUAUUCUACGUUGGAGACAAUGAGACUCUCAUCUUUGCCCUAUUUUUACACACCGUCAAUGUUUACAUUAAACAAGUCCUUUGUUACAAAUAUCAACUCAGUUGCAAAGACCAAUAACACAUCUGAAAAAGCCAGACGCGACCAUAUGAACACAUCCUUGCCUUCCGGCAUAAGUUUUCAGCUCCCAGUUCUCUCUGGCACAUUUACUCCUUCCACCGAAAAAAACUCUCAAGAUGGCAUCGUACCAUUGGUAAAUGAAAGUACUUUGAUAAAGCCUUCACUAUCCGUAGACAGAGACACACCGUUGUCUGUAAAUCCAAACCCAAAUACCAUGAACACCUCUCAUGCCUCUCCAGUCGACUCAUCAAUCAAUGGCAACUCUUCUCACAAAUCUUCUUCAGGAUCAAGCUUAAUGAAUUAUUCAGUGGAGAAUAGCAGUGCACACCACAGAUAUAUGCAGAUGGUACAACUCAGUAAACCAGACAAUGUAACUCAUAUCCAAACCCGUCUGACGAACAUCAUUUCCGAUGCAAACAAUUCCUCGCUUUCUACCCAUAAACUUUCUUUACUGAAGAAUAACCUUGACGCUACGUUGACGAAAAGAUCCAAUCAUUCAUCAUUUCCAUCAUCAAACAUCAUCCAAAAUUUCACCUCAGACGUGAGCAUCUUAACAGAUUCUUCUUCUGAUUUUCUACGCGACAUAUAUACAAACAGACUUGCUUUAUCCAGUGUACAAAGUAUAGAUAGAACAAUCUUUGCUACUAAAGGUUUCAAGGCCACUAUCGCCAAAUUAUCAUCUUUUUCUAAAGCGUCAGGUAAACGUUCUUAUUGUUAUUUUAUUAUAUAGGACAAACCCUUCGAGUACAUGAAAUCGAGUGUUCUUUGUAAACUUCUCGAAUACAGAAAUAAAAAAGUGAGAGAAGUCUGGGCUCUUGGUUUUCACUUCUUCGUUCAGCUUUCAGGCUUUUUCUUUCCAUUUUUUAAAGUUCCUGUGAUAAAAUUAUUUUCCGUUUUGUGGCGGUACUUUGUAACAUCGGUAUUCUCCUCAAAAAGUUAGUACUUGAGGCUCAACGUUUGUGUACCAGAUGAAGUUUUCCUGACUUAAGGCUAAACGUGCGCGUGUCAAAGUUGAUUUCUCUCGUUAGGUUGAUUCUUUUAAAUUUUGGUUGUUCCACAGAAUCUGCAGGUUUGGUCACUCUCAUUUCUCAGAGAAUCCAAGCUACCCCGAGUUUUUCGCUUCCCUCUCGGAAAGACAGCAACACGCCCGUAACUGGAGAGACUUAUGCUCAACCUUCUGGCAGAAUGUAUUCGUUAUCAACUCCAGCUCAUCAAAGGCUUCAAUCUUCUUCGCCUGUUUCCAUUCCAGCGACGGCUCAUAACCCUUUAUUGGGAGACAGGACUACUCUGAUGAAAACCACGUCAUCACGAAAUUUCUUAAUCAAAAAGCCUCAUACAAGAGUCGAUCCGUCAUCGACUCCUCACAGACUAUUUGUUACUGAAAUACACGUUUACACUUCGUUUCAAGGCCCUCAAUCAUCUUCACCAAUGUCAACCACCUUUUCAACAAUUGUAGGUACGUAUGAGGAUAACAAUAGCUUCAAAAUAACAGCAGAAUGUACAAAAGGCAGUGACAUGGCACGUAUUACAAUUUUCUUAACUUCUUGUUAUAAGUGUAGCGGUAAUUAGUAUAAAUCAACUGUUGUUCUCUAACAAAUGCUGCAAUUUGAUUUUCUGCUCUACUCGCUAGUCAUUCCGUUAUAGCUAUUGAGUAAAGUGAGUAACUUGAUAGUGUACAGUAUUUGAAAAAAUGAAUGAAAAUAAACAUAUAGGCCUGUCUCGUUAAAAUCUGAACAACUUGUAGAUUCAUACCAAAAUGAUAAGAGUAUUCGGUCUAGCUUUGUAUGUAUGAUAACGGUCACGCGACAGAAAUUUCGAGCUCACAAUUUAGUGCGAAAUGCAGCGAGCUAAUGAUUAGCGAACUGAACCUGAGAUCUUAAGUUUCGAUCCUUGGUCAUCCUUGGCUAGGAUCAACGUUUCAUGUCAGUUCCUGGGCACUCAAAGAGGUGUAACGUUUACUCUCGCCCCUCUCUGCUCAAGAACAUAAAACAUUGAACAAAUUUUCACGAUGUCACUAGUGUUGGAAAUGAACUUGAGAUUGAUACAAAAAGACAUGUACGACCAACACAGUGAUGAAAAACGUGAGAUGACUUUUAAUUGCAUUAAUCGGACCGGUGUGGAAUAAACAUUGGAGCAUUUCUAAAUUUAUUUUUUCUUUAAGCUGGGGUAAUUGAUGGUUAAUUAAUUUUUCUCCUCCAGCUCAAGGCCCAACGGGUAAACCAGACAGGCCACCAAUUUUGAAGUUCCCUUGGCACUUAACACCUUUUUUGGUCAUCAUAUUUAUCAUCCUUGUGGUUCUUGCAACUUACUACUUACGUGUUCCUGACGUUGUCCAAGCUAUCAUCCUUGCAGUAAAGGAAAAGAGGAAAAAAGAGAAGGAAUCGAAAGCAAACGACCUUGACCUCGAUACCGCAAACCUCGACUUGAGGAAGGGCAACUUCUCCACUGAAGGUUUGCAAACAUCGCACUUUCAUUCUUACCAGAGAGAGGUGUUUUACGAGGAGGCACUAAACUACGCAUUUUUUGAGACGGCAGCAAUGAAAACCGUCGAAUUCUCUGUUCGGCUUGAUGAUGAAAACCAGCAAAAUUCAGAAUCGGAGGAAUCUGUGGAAAUAUCUUGUGAAAUGGAAGAGGAAGCCGUCAAUAAAAAGCAAGGGUCUGAUACACUAAGUGAGAUGUUCCAUGCUUGUGAAUCUGAUAUUGAAACAAACAAACAUGUACAAAAACGGUUUCCUUCCGUGGACCUGAGAAGGAGGAGCAACGACUUACAACUCCAACAUACAGCGCCUUCGUAUGAAAUGUAGGAUUAAAUUUUCAUAAUCUUUUACGAGCUGGCAAUACUGCUUCUAUGAAAAUAGUGAAUAGAAACUGUAAAGAUAAUUUUCGUCCAAAUUUAAGCUUGCAAAGAUCCUUAUAUUUAUUUGAAGUGAUCAUAAAAUCUUAGGCUUGAUUUAAAAUAACAGCUGACCUAUCUAUCUUUUGAAUCCAAGUUUUUGCAAGAGACAUACGUAAUUGAAGGUAGUGAACAGAGUCAAGGAUAUUAUUUUCACAAAAACUUAUGAAGGUUAGGUUUCCAACGCUGAUAAAUAAGCGCUUGCUUAUGUACAAAGUCAAGGGUGAACCACAUCCAAAUUUAUAUUUGUAAUACUUUUAAUGGUCAUAAUUCGACUUAAUUUCUGAGACAAUCAGACUUCUCCAUGAUCAGCCAUGGUUGCCAUUCUUGAGCAUAAGGGGUAAAAUUAUCUCCAUUAGAUGGAGUUAGAUUUAUAAAAACUUUAAACACACACAAACAAGACUCGUAAAUUUGAUGUAAUAUCACAGGUGGAUAAUGGCUUCUAAGGCUGUUCCUUCCGUUCAUCAUAGAUAUUUGGUUUUCACGUCAACUUUUUUUAACGAUAAUUGAUUAAUUUGACAGAUUAACAGAUUAGCCGUUACUAACCUCAUUCCAACAACAACCUUCCUAUUUCAAUCUCUUUUUCCCGUAUUUAGAGCCAAUCAUUUCCUUAUCUUAAAACCUCUAAAAUUCGAUUGGUCCAGUACAAGUAGUGACCGCGCCCAUGACGUACACAGGAUAGCCAUUCGUUUACAAUAAUCUAUAAAUAUUUCCUCGUUAUUUAUCCCAUUACCCUUCCCUCCCCAACAAACAAAGGAAGUCAACCUUACGAUUGCCAUAUUUGUGAAGUCUUCCGGCUAAUUAAAAGUAAAUUUUAUCCCGCCCACUUGGCUAUGAGCCGAAUUCAAAUAUUUAACUUGAUUGAGCCACGCAUGUCUGUCUUGCAAGCUUGAUGUCAUUUCAUGACUCUGUCCCAGGCGGCCGCAUUUUUCUGCUCCAGUGAUGGCCAAGCGAUCGAAUGACAUUUGAUUGUAAGUUUAAUUUAGCAUAAAUAAUUUUCUUUAUGCGGUUUGAAAUUACAUCGAUAUACUUAAGCUUACAAAAUCAAGCUGGUGCUUGAAAUCAUUACUAAAAAUUGUUUUCAAAACAAGAACCAAUUCAUUGGGCGAACUUUUGUUUGUGUAUUUACACUGAACAGGUACUCAAGGAAAAUAAAACAUGAGAAUUACCAGACCAUUCAGUGUGUCACUGAUAUAAUUUUUUGUGUAAAUCUUUCGUCGAUGUUGUAUUGCAGGACCUACGUUUUCCGUGUUUUUUUUCGAAAUAUUAGUUUUUGCUGUUACAAAGAGCAGAUUUCACGAAGGAUGAUGUUUUAUGUGAUGAAGUUCUAUCGAGGGUCGGUCUAACAGGGUCUGAUGAGGGUCGACCACGUUCAAACUGCGUUAACGUUCCUCGUAGUUUUUCUACUCUUUAUCCGGUUACAUGGAAAAGCUGUGAAUGGAAGUGAAUUCGGUAAGAUGCCUUUGACGUUCACAUAUUUUAAGUUUGUGUUUUUGUAGACAUAAGAGUAACAUUCAAAAUUUACGGGUUUCCUAACACUCGUGAGCAAUAUGAUUUGUAAUUAACAUGUCACUGCAACAGCAGGGGUAGUAAAGUUUACAAAGAUUAAAGUAACGUGGAUUUCAUCAAGUGUUAUGCAAUUUAAGGAAACCAGUCCAUUGAAUAAUAGAAAAAUAAUAGGUUUUUGGGGGUGGGUGGUGCUUAAAUUUUGAUCUGAAAAUUGAGCUAGGGAAACCCUAGUUUUUUAGGGAGUUACAAGGUCAAAACCAAACAUGGUGAAUAUAAUCUGUAAGGUUGAAAUACGGCUGAAUUGGGCGUCGUCUGCAUUUCUAUAAAGAGGGUCUUGAUGGGGUGAUGGCUAAAAUUUUGGUGAUUCUUGCGGCUAAUGGUUAAUUUUUCCGUUAUGGUACUCUCAUAAUGACACUUUCUACAUUAGAAACGUUUUUAAGGUUAACGUUUUUCACGACUACCGGUUAAAUGUUGAAUGUGUUCAAUUUUUCUGCCAAACGGCUAAACUUUGGUUUUUUUUUAUUAACGGUUAACUUCGUUGAGAACCUCUGUGGAGGAGGCGGUCCAGUCACUUUUAUUGCUUCAAAAGGACAAAUAGUGGUGAACCAGAUUCCAAAUCUGAUUUAUAGUUGAGUCAGAAACGAUUGUUCAUUCAAAACAUUUUGAAAUAGUCAACAGGUUAGAAUUUUCAACUCGGUUGGUGGUCAAAAGAUUCUAAAAGCAGGUCUUAAGAAAGGACUGACCACUUUUGUAAACAUCACUGAGUUAAGAACACGCAAUUGAUCGUCCCACCCACGUGCACAUACACGAUGUUCGAGUCACGUGUACCUCGCGACAAAUCGUGUAACAGUUGUAAAGGCUGACCAUUAACCAGAAUUGAUCGACCCUAUAAAUCAAUUUAUGAGUGAAACAUAUCCAUCAGAAUAGUGGUAAAAUAUAGGCAGACAGUUGCUAAGUAAAUAAUGAAAUUCUCGUUAUAAAUGAACCGAGAUGGUCAGCUAGUCCUGAUUGAUGACCUGAGGCUUUACUUCAUCACGCUGUAUGAUUGGGCUUGAAAAUUAGUACCAAUUUCUCGUCCAAUGCGAUUCCGGGCUAAACUAACUGCGACUUGGUCACUUGCGUUUUCCUGCGCUUCAGAAAGUUUGCUUGUUUUUGUUUCGAGUACUCAUUGGCUCCGUAUCGUAUAUUUCUUUCUUCUGAUUUGAAACUGUGGCUGCUCUACUUUUGGUUUACCGAACCUCAAACUUAAUGGCGCUUUAUUGCGUUCAAUUGGAUUGUAGAAAGAAAGAACUCCACCCAAACUCCUUUCAAGUGCUUCACCCCCUUUAACAGAAUGUUUAGUGCCCCUGGGAUUUCAGUUUAUUCUAUAAUAGUAAAUAGAAUGCAACUGCUCUUAUUUCUCCAAUAACAGUUAUUAUCGAAGGUGACAUGAAGGUUGAUAAGCGCUUUAUUGAGCAUUAUAUGAGAAGAAUAAAAAAGCGUGGUGCUAUCCUAAACCGAAGAGUUGGUGCGAGUUAUUACUGGCCCGAAACGAUCGUAGACGGAAACAAAAUUGUGCGAAUACCCUAUACACUGAACAUUGGAUUCUACAGUAGAUUGUUCGGUAAGAAAAGUUAUAACACGUAAAUGAUUCUUUCCCUUACCCUUUCCACGUUCAUUUCAUUUUACUGUUGUCAAAUUGGCAAAUUGAUUCCUUGCUGCCAUGCGUGUGUUCAAUGAUAGAUCACAGAUGAUGUCAAGGUGUAAUAGGAAAGCGCAGUCGAGUGUGACACUUAUUUUGAUGUCUUUUGUGAUUUAUAACCAAACAGACCAACUGUAAUAUGGAAUCUAUUUGUUUUAUGCAAUAGAGAAGCAAAAAGUGUUAAUGGUGACGUUAUAUAUGCGUCUGUCCUCCAAUAGAUCAUAGCGCUUAUUUCAGCUUAUUUACAAUUCGGUGUUGUUGAUGAUAAUGAUGAUGAUUUUCAUGAGGAGGGCUUCUGUUUGAAAUAUAUAGCGUGUUUAAAAUAGACCUCAUCAGGAAAUUAUCAGCAAUUUCAGUCAUAUCUGGGACUUCCUGCGAAGAAAUAUGUUGCAUAUUCCAAGAGGCUUUGCAAUACAGAUAUACUCUCAAUAAAUUGACUAUGGGUUGCUCUUGUCGUUCAGACUUAUUUCGUUAGCCUGGAUACUAUAGGGUAAGUCUUUAAAAAGCUCUCUUGCCACCGAUUUAAAAGAGUUUUAAAGCACUUAUUUGAUAAUUUUCCAAGUGAGGUAACGCUAUACGCGACAUGAUAAAUGGUAUUAUUUGAUGUUUUCUUUUCAGGAAAUGAUAUGGUAAAUGGUUUUCUAGCAGCCGUCCAAGAAUUUGCUAAGCGGACCUGCCUUCGUUUUGAAGAGAAAGAGGACGAAGACGAAGAUUACUUAGAAAUUUUCAGUGGUCCGGGGUAAGGAAUUGAAAGAUUAUACCGAUGUUCCAUUCCAAUUUCUCGAUGCAUAUGUAUUUAUCAUUUGAUGUGGCCUCUAUGGAGUCUGAUGAAGAAAAGAUAGCCCACGUAGGAAUGAACUCAUUCACGAACGAACGCAAGUGUGCACGCACGCAGGCAUGCACGAACAAUGGAUGGAUGAAUAAGAAUGGAUAUUAGACAAGUAACGAAAAAGGAUACUUAGAGCCAAGUUUAAAAUGAUCAAUCCCUUUCACAGUGCUUAGGUCUCAUUCACCACAUGAUGAAGGGCUAACAAUCGAGACGUAAGCUUUAGAGACUCUUUACGGUGGCCAGUUUACAUUUUCAACUUAGUUGAUGGAAGCAAAUUAUUUUGUAAUGCCCUCCGCCGACGCAGUACUACAGUCUUUGUACAAACUUUUCCUCUUUUGAUGAAAGUUGAGCCUCGCGGCUCUUUAAACACCUCGGCAUGUCUUGCCUAGCUGAUUAUUCCCUGAUCUGAAUUGACAGAUGCUUCUCUAUGAUUGGACGGCGCGGCGGCAAACAAGAAGUUUCACUUGGUAAAGGAUGUGAGACGAAAGGGAAAGCGACCCACGAACUGAUGCACGCCCUUGGGUUUUUGCACGAGCAGAGUCGAAAAGACAGAGAUCGACACGUUACUAUCUUAACUCAAAACAUUCUGGAUGGUUUGUCAGAAAUUCAAUUAUAAAUGACACUUACCAUGUGAACUAACAUAUGACUUCAGAUACUGUAUGGAACUGCUUUAGAACAGAUUUAUCCGAACAAUUCAGUCAGCCGUCUGGUUCGGUCAGUGGGUCUGAUUCGGUCCACGAUCAGAGUCAGUCAGUCAGUAAGUGAGUCAAAAGUCAGUCAUUUAGUCACGGUCAGUCAGUCAGUCUGUCAGUUAGUCAGGCAGUUGGUUAGUAAGUUAGUUAAUUAGUCAGGCAGUCAUUUGAACAGUCAAACAGGUGAAUAAUACUUGCUAGUCACUUCCGAACUAGCCACUGAGCGUUAUCAAUAUUAACUACCUUUAGAAGGUGUUAUCUUUUUUUUUUACUCAGAUUAAAUGUUUCACAGUUUUAUGCUCUGUUUAUCUUUAAAUUUGAUAUUUCUUCUUUCUAGUUGGAGUGUCAGAAUUCAAGACGUAUAAUCAGGACAACGGCAACUUACCGUACGAUUUUCACUCUAUUAUGCAUUAUAACAACAAGAUUUUUAGCAAAAAUGGUGAAAAUACAAUCCAAGCUCUCAUCGACCCCAAGAUGACCUUGGGGCAAGAAUACGGACUUUCAGCAUUGGACGUUGUAAGAGUAAACAUGUUAUACAAAUGUCCUCAGCUUCGGACGGAUCGUAAGUGAAUGUAUGUUUUGUAAUACACUUAUCGUAUCUGCCUCUAGCUUUGGUGAAUGGAUUGUUCUGUCGGUUGAAGAGUCAGUCAAUCAGUGAAUAAAUAUUCGAUGAACGCGCCGAUGAUUGAAUGGAUGGAUGAAAAAAAGAAGGAAUGAAAAAUGAUUAAAUGAAACAAACAUUUAAAAAAGGAAGAUGUGGGUAAAUGAAGGAAUCGAGUAGAUAAUAAAUCAGAUUGAUUGAUUGAAUGAAUGAAAAUGAAUAAAGGAAUGAAUAGAAAAGUAGAUAAAUGGAUGGAUGGAUGAACAGGAGGAAUGAUGGCUGAAAUAGUUUCGACAUUGAGACAUAGAAACAAAAAAAUUGCACAACCAGAUAUUAGCGUCACGCAAACCAGUUUGCCUUUUUCGAAUUUUGACCUUCCGAGAUUAAUUAACUUUAACGGUAUGCUCUUCUUUAAAGUUGCACAGCUAAAACUUUUUUUUAAUAAUUACAUUGUGCAAUAGUGGUGCUCUACUUUGUCACUGUUUACACGUCUAAUGAUUACUGGGCCGGCACCGACUCAAGGGUUGAUAUUGUACUUGACGGAGCGAAAGGGGACUCGGGAGAGAUAGAAUUGGAAUCUCCUGAAGAUGUUCCAGACCCAUUUGAACGGGGAAGGUGAGAUUACUAAUUGCUUUAUCUGUUACCUUCUAGUUGAACAAACCUGCUGUCUUAUCUUAAUUUGGUUUCAAUCACGUUGGUUGUUCCUGGAAGUGUUGUUUUCGUAUGAGUCAAAAGAGGAUUAAUAUCCAUAUGAAUAGUGACAAUGAUAAUGAUAAUCAUUUAUUUCUAGCACUUUACAUCAGUGCUUUUACAAAAAUUGUAAUAAUUUAGGAUCCGGGAACACUUUUACCAUAAUCAUAAUAUAAAACCAAACAAAGAAGUAGAUUGACAUGCUCAAAGAUUACAUAAAUAAGCCCUAAGUCUGUUUUAAAAAUAUCAACAGACGGGACGCUCCUCACCUCUAACAGAAUUGUUCGUAAAACUACAGAUGAGUAUCGUGGUUAAGCGUAAGUCGUUAAUAGUGGUUCACUUUUCGCCCGAUUGUUGACGUCCCGCUCGUCAUGAGAGCGGGGUGCUUGCGUACGAAGCUGGAAAAUUUGAAGCUUUUUUCAUUUCAAGCUCUCUUUGAGGCUUGCCUUUGACUUAACAAGUAUAGAGAACUGAUAAAGAGACAUUUUAUAUGAUACUUGUUACCCAAAAAAUAUUUCUUAUGUGAUGAUUAAAUGUCCCUAAUGUCUGAAAUCUUAUCAUUUUCAGUGAGGAUACAUUUCCCGUAAUUUCUCCUGCUGUUGGAGAAUUAAAAAGGCUUCGUAUCAGGUUGGCCGGAAGUAGCUGGAGCUGGUUCAAUGGUUGGAAACUUGAAAAAGUAAGAAAAAAAUUCUUUUCCGUCGUUCACCCUUGGAAAAGCUUUCAGGUUUUUAUGACGCAUAGACAACAAUAACUAGAACAACUUGUUAAAGGCGCACAGGACGAGAAAAGAAGCGUGGUUCAUUUAUACAUCGGUGUUACUGUGCCUCUCCAACCCUUAUUGAUAUUUAGCACUGAAACGUUUAGUGCCAGUUGUUUAAACAACGUUUUAGACGUCGUGUAGCAAAACCGCGUUCCAAACUAUCAUGAAUUUUGCUCAAUCUUUCAGCCGAACAUUUAUUUUUGUGAACUGUGUCAAGAGGUUCAAAAGCUAGCAGUGGAAAGGUAUUUAUUUCUCUUAUAGAGAAAGGUCCACUGCUUGCGUAAAACUGCGGUUUGGCUUAGACCUUAUGUAAAUAACCGGCUUUCAGCAUCGGUUAUUGAAACGAGAUACAAUUUUGGCGGCGGUUUUUGACGAUCAAUGAACUUUGAAAGUUCCUUAUAGGGAGGUUUUGAAGUUAUUAGAUUUUUCUUUUAGUGUUAAAUAGAAGCCCUUUGACAGUUUCGCAGAAACUUAAAGUUUUGAGGUUUUUUCCUGCUUGAUUCAAGAUUCUUUAGAGCGCGGUUUGGAUGAAAAAAGAUUAAACUUUGCUUUAAUAACUGGCCUUAAGGGUUGAAACAUGAUUGAGGUUCGCAAAAGUAUCGUAGUUUGUGUCUGCUUAAAAGAAUAUCGAGCAGUGGCGUGUAAAGGCCCCCCUACCCUUAAUCCCCUACCCAGGCUUCCCACGGCUUUAGUCUCUUGCUCGAGCUUACCACCAACUAGAGGUGGGUAAAGGUGGAUGAACUGCCGAUGCGAAUUUGGUAAGCUGAUGCAUCUUUAGUUCGAUGUCGCGAAGUUGGCGCGACGCCUUUUUUCUUUUCUUGAUGAUACAAAAUCCUGUGAUAACAUUUCAGACCACUUGGUGUUCGCAUGGAAGACAACCUUUUUUUUUUUCUCUUUCUCUUAUAGGUGAAAAUAGAAACACCAGAUAACAAGAAAAUUCAUUUCAAAUAUAAUGAGUGGAUUUAUUCCGGCGAUCAUGUAACUUUGUCGCCCUCUACUAGGAGGAAAAGAAAGCGAAAACAGAAGAUAGCUUAA